AAAAGACAAGUAGGCUGUGAUAACGUUGACUGGUUGGGUGGUAGAAUAGAAUCCACAAAUCCCCAUUCUAGUUUUAGCAGCAACAGUAAACGGUCAAUAUUUAAAAGUGAAAAUUAUUUAUUAGAAACAAAUAAGUAAAAAUUUAAUAAAUGCGGAAAAAAUAAUAUGAAAAAUAACUCAAGCUAAAUUAUACAAAUAAAAUAAUUCAAGAUUGGAAAGGCAUAUAAUAGCUACGACCAUGGAAUUGUUUUUUUUAUUCUUCCUGAAACGGAAGGCUUUUGCUGACAAAACGAAGCCGAGCUUCCGAGUUCUGAUGGGUAUCUUCAGUUCAAUGAUCAGAAAUGUACAUAAGUGAAUUGAUUAUAUUUCUAAUGUACUUUAGUAUUUAAAUGAAAAUAGUAAUAUUUUUAUUAUGUUGAUGAACAAAUAAUUAUAACAUUUGGUAAAAAAAAAAAUAAUACAAGAUUGGAAAGGCAUAUAAUAGGAUGGCUACGACCACAGGAUAUUUUUUUGUCACACCGGUACCGCUCACAUUCUUCCACAAACUGGACGCUUUUGCUGAAAAAACGAAGCCGAGCUUCCGAGUUCUGAUGGGUAUCUUCAGUUUAUUGAUCAACAAUUUAUACGAGCUGCUAAUUUCAAUGAUAUUAUUUAUAUUAUAUUGAUUUUAUAUGUUCCACACAUAUGAUAACAAAUAUUGCGAAUACUUUGGUGUCCUUACGUCUUCCAGAAGCAUGACAGACAUCCCUUGUUCGAAUACAAGAACCAAAAUUCAUAUAUCGAUGUCCUUACGUCUUGUAGUAGUAAGACAGACAUCCCUUUAGUCCGUUUAAUCUGAUUAAAAUGAGUAUAGGAAACUUCUGCCAAGCGCCAUUGGAUAUAAAUAUAGAAUUGCAGCAAGGGCUUUUGCAUUUGCAGAAGUUGAAUCCCGUUUUUCAAUCCAGUUCAAGUUGAUUUAUUUUCAAACAUCUAGGCUGAAAUAUGGAUAUGGAUAAAUAUAAAUGAUCUCAGAAGGAUAAAACGUUUUCGUUCUUCAUUUUUAAGAAUUGCAAAAGUUUUGACACAAUUAUUUUCCAACAAAAAUAAAGAUUUUAAUGUUUAACCAAUACAAUCUUAAUCUUGAUUAUCUGUUUAUUUGUUCAUCAUGGCACCUUUUAAGACAAUAUUUUAAGUUUAAAGUUACCACACGGACUCGCUUUAUGGUUGCAUGAUGCAAAUAAGGCAUUGGAGCCAAAACAAGGGCCAUAUGAUAUGCGGGGUUGUAAUUAAGCUUAAGUAGAUGAAUGGUUGCGGGUGCGUGCGAGUGGAACUCCCAGAGCAGAGGAGACCCAGUGGAACUAGCCAACGCGCCCAGUUUUCAGGUGUGUUUAUUUGGAGCUCGAGUAUAAAAGGACACUCUGCAUGGCUGGCGCAGCUUAGUCAGUCCUGGACAAUGGCCGAGAUACGAGAGGAUGACGAGAAGCCGGGCAUCAGUGUUCUGCCCGGGCCGGAGCUUUUGACCCUGCCGGGAUUCGAUACCCGGGCCAGUAUUGCCUCUGCCGCCCUGAGCGAUGUGCCCAGCGAUGUGAUCAUCAAGUCCAGGAUUCGAUACGGAAGCACUCUGUCGGCCUGUAAGGGUCUUCUUCUGGAGUACGCGAAAAGCACCACCAUCCAUGGCAUCCGCUACAUCUUUGAGGUCCACAGACCCAUCUACGAAAAGCUCUAUUGGUUGUUCUUCACCUGUAUUUCGGUAUACUUUGCCGUUUCUCUCAUUUGGGACACCUACUUGAAGUGGCAAGAGUCUCCGGUUAUUCUUGGCUUUGAUGAGACUCUGGUGCCUGUGCACAAAAUACCAUUUCCAACCAUUACCAUCUGUCCAGAAAUUAAAAUGGAACGUAAUCUGUUCGACUAUACGAAUGUUUCCCGAAAGUUUUGGGAGGAAUACAAGACAAACGGCAAUAUCAGCAACCUCAGUGAUGAAGACUUGGCCUAUAUGGCAGCCGCAAUGCACAUCUGCGAUUCGGAGGUCGUUCAGCGAUUUAGUCCUUUGCUCUCAGAACUAAACCCUCCGAACGUGGACGUAACCCAGACCUUGAUCGAUCUAAGUAUAUCGAAAAAUGUCACUGGACCGUUCUGCAAAUGGAACGGACGAUUCUAUUUCUGCGACAAGAUAUUCGACUUUGUGGCUACGGAUGAGGGGAUUUGUUACCAGUUUAACGGAAUGCACCCCAGGGAUAUUUAUCGGGACGAGAAGUACAUCAGCUACAUUGACCCAGAUAUAGUGGACUUCAAUAACUACUUCGACAAGGAGCUGCCGGCCUGGAACGACAUUUCUGGAUCGUGGUCACUGGACACCGGCUAUCUGGAUCAGGGCCAAAAUGCGUAUCCCCAGCGGACGGUGUUCUCAUCGGUGAAGAAUGGGUUCUUUGCCUUCCUGCAGGGCUUGCAGCAUAAUUUCGACUACGAUUGCCGCAGUUUUAAGCAGGGCUACAAGGUCUUUCUCAACUCCCCGGAGAGCGUCCCCCUCACGUCGGGUAAUUAUAUUCUGGUGCCCCAUGGCGACGAGGUCCUGGUCAGUGUACUACCCGCUUAUGUCGUGUCAACGGAAAAUUUGCACGAAAUUACUCCUGAUAAGCGUCAAUGCCUAUUCGAUGAUGAGCGCCAAUUGCGAUUCUUCCGAUCCUACUCCCAAAGCAAUUGCCAAACCGAAUGCCUGGCUAAUUUCACGGUCUCCAAGUGCGGGUGCGCCAAGUUCUGGAUGCCAAAACCCGAGGGUACUCCCGUCUGUGGCCUGAAUGACAUCACCUGCUACACGGCUGCCCAGGACGAGCUGUACGCCCUCCUCCAGAACCAAACCAUGGCCAAGAGCGUUGACGACAACGUAGAAAUCAUGUGCAACUGCCUGCCAGCCUGCACAUCGCUCGAGUACAACUUUGAGAUAUCGCGAGCCAAGUACGAUGUGGCAAAGACAAUUAGAGCGUUCCGAGAGGAGUAUGAGCAUACGGAUGCCAUUGGGUCUAGGCUUUCGGUUUACUUCAAGGAACAUCAGUUUACUGCCAUUAAACGCACUAUUCUGUUCGGGGUGUCGACCUUGAUUUCCAAUUGCGGUGGUAUCUGCGGCCUCUUCAUGGGAAUCUCUUGUCUCAGCUUCCUGGAGCUGAUCUACUUCUUUUGCAUGCGAAUCUGCGGAAGCUGCCGCGAUCGCCGGAAGCACAAGAUACACCAGAUGAGUCCCGAAGAUGAGCAGGAAGAAAAACUGGAAUAAGCCUUCAAAAAUUUAACUGAUCUCAAAGAUCUGGAAUAAUCUUUGCAAAUACUAAUUGUUGUGAAACUCAAAUAUAUAAAAAGCAUCAAUAAUUCUUUUAAGACACUCUAUUCUUGAGAUACUUCACAAAGCAGGCUCCCCCUCAGGUGGCAACAGAGUUGUCUUACUUAAAGAUAUUUCACACUCUCAAUGGCACAUUCCGAAAGUAUAAAAAGGCCAACAAAUAAAUACAAUUUAUUUUAGAGCUUACGUCAGGCAACAAGUCACUGGCCAGUAUCGCUGGCACUUUAAUUGAUUACAAAUUAAAAAUGCAUUCGAUUAGCACUCACUUGAAGCAAUUGAUUUGCUCUAAUUAAAUGAUAGAAACGCUUAGCAAAACGCUGUGGCUAAUUAAAUGGCGCACUCGAAGGCACACACAUAAAUACUGUUAGGCAUUCAACCUGUUCUUGGCUGGUUAUUCUACUUUGGGCCAUAUUUUACAAAUUCACGCACAAAAGACAGCGUCGAGGGAGCCAAGAAAAAUAUACUCAAAACUUAAUCUGUUCGCACCAAAUGUCAGAUCUAAUGGCUUUUGUCACUGGCAACAAAUCAUAAAAAAUAUUUAAAAUUCAGCAUUUUUAGCAUUAUUAAUAAGGCACGACAAUAAAAAAUAU